AUGGAGCAUAGCGAAAUGGUGGCUGCUUUCUUCGAGAAAAUUCGCCUUGAGUCCCUUCUAACAGCUAUCGGAAUGGGUCUACCAGAUCUCAAGUACGCCAUUUGCUUUGAUGUUGUCACAUCUGAAGACAAGGCUAGAUUCACGAAAGCUGGCGUUGAGCUACUCAGCCUGCGAGAACUAAAGGAUAUGGGCGUGGACAACGUGUUCCCACACGAUCCUCCCACUGCAUCGGAUGUUGCUGUACUCAUGUACACAUCGGGUACCACAGGCAACCCCAAAGGUGUUCAGAUCACCCAUAGCAACGUUAUGGCCGAUGUAAUUUCACUUCAACAACGUCUCCACGUAUCUAACCAGGACGUGCACUUCUCAUUUCUACCCCUGGCUCACAUCUUUGAACGAGUGGUACAAGCGCUAUGCGUUAGCGGGGGAUGUAGCAUAGGUUUCUAUCAAGGAAAACUACCCGAGCUGAUGCUGGAUAUCCAGACCUUGAAGCCCACUUUCUUCAUUGCCGUGCCUCGUAUUCUUUCACGCAUCUACGACAAGAUCAACCAAGGUGUUAAGGCUGGUGGUCCUGAAAAGGAGGCUGCUUUCAGGGGCGCAUAUGACAUGCGUCUCGCAGCAUUGGAGCGCGGAGAGGACACCCCUGUGCUCAAUGAGAAGGUAUUUGAUCGCAUGGGAUUGGCACUUGGUGGACGUGUCGAAUGGAUCGUCACCGCGUCAGCGCCUCUAGGGACGGCUAUACACGAGUUCUUACGCGUCUGUGUGUGCCCAGUUAUCAUGGUGGGCUAUGGAUUGACCGAGACAACAGGAGGUUCAACUCUCACCCAUUACAACGAUACGAAACUCGGCCAUGUGGGAUCACCGAUGGCUUCCAAUGAAGUUAAGCUUGUCAGCAUUACAGAGAUGAACUACCUGACUACUGAUGAGUGUCCUCGUGGUGAAGUGUGCGUCAGGGGUACCAACGUGUUCGGUUCGUACUUAAAAAAUCCCGAGAAGACGAAGGAAGAUAUCGAUGACGAGGGUUGGUUCCACACUGGCGAUGUAGGCCGUUGGAAUGCCGACGGCACCUUGUCCAUCAUUGAUCGCCGGAAGUCUAUUUUCAAGUUGUCCCAGGGCGAGUAUUUGGCCGCCGAGCACCUCGAGGCCAUGUACGGUAAGUGUGACCAUAUUGCGCAGGUGUUUGUAACCGGCGACUCCUUCCACGCAUACCCUUUGGCCGUAGUUGUACCCGAUGCGGAGAUGAUUGUUGCCUGGGCUAAGGAAAACAACAUCUCAGGCGAUGCUAAGAGUAUUGCUCAAACAGCUGAGUUGAAGGCCAUGCUGGUUGCGGAGUUACUGGACAUGCACAAGGAAUGUAAGCUCAAAGGUUUUGAAAAGCUCCGAGACUUCAUCGUAGAGCCUGAGGCUUUCAGUAUUGACAAUGAACUGCUUACACCCACCUUCAAGCUGAAGCGUGUGAACGCAACCAAGAAGUACCAGGAUCAGAUCACUGAAUUAUACGAUGAUAUCGAGAGCCAUCAAUAG